CACGGUCGUCGCCAUCGACAAGCUGGCGAAGGGUCUGUGCCGCGUAGUAAGUGCCGCGCUUAUCCGCACCAUUGAGAGCAAUGCUCGGGCGGUAGCCAUCGGCGUCAAGGCCAUCCGCGUACUUAGUUAACUACCACCUAACUAGUGCCUUGGCGACGGCAGAGGGCGUCCGGGUUUUCUUUCUUGGUGCCGAUGAAGAUUUGGUAGCCAUCGAAGGAGUCUGCGACUGAGGGAGUACCGCCAGCAGAGAUGACAAUCUGCUUCACUGCAUCUAUUGUGGCCUUGUCUUCGGCAUCCCCAGUUACAAUAGUGACGGGACCGCGGAGUGAGACCGCCCGGCCCAGCGGCGAGAUCUAUUGCGGAGGAGGCCAAACCUUGUUGACCUUUGGCGGCGGACGGCACUCGGGAGCCGCGUCGACUGGCCCAAGCCAAGAGCAAGGAGGGCGAGAACAAAGGCCCGGAGCCCGGAUCGGUAAUGGAAGUGCAUGGUCAGCCUUUUUUGUAAGAAAAGGUUGAAUGGCGGAGGAGGAAGCGCAACACACGAACUCAACGUCGGCCAGGGCACGGUUUAUGUGUUAAUUUGUUUCUUGCAUCUGAUCGUAUAUCGUCAUUCGCCGGUGGAGACAGCAUAGGAAUGACCAUGGCUAUAACUGUUACCCAUACUAUAGUCAUAACCAGAGCCCCGAUGUGGACGGGGUCUGGGGAGUCCUAUGGAGCCUCCCGGACGCAGUGUAGACAGAAGACAUGAUGGACCGGACCAGUAUUAUAUUGUGGAGGCAGAGACACCGCGAACUGGCCGCUGCUGGGACGUGUACGCUGCAACCGUUACAGUUUGCCCAGUUCCCCGUCUGCAACGUUGGUGAUGAUCGGCGAACAAGGCGAGCGGCGUAUUUACUCCGAGUCCGAGUUUUUUUAUCAGGUUUCACGGAAGGUUGUUAGUUUGCCUUGAAGUUCACUUGGCUCCGAGAAGCAGACAUUAUUCUUCAUUCCCAGUGGGGUUCAUUCUCCUUGCCCUAUAAUAAUGAUAUCCCAAGUGUUCGCGGGGUUGGCUUCCGCUUAAAUAGUCCAUGGCGAGCGAGUGCGCUAGAGUUACUGCUGUACCAAGGGACUCGCGCCUGGGACAGGGAUGACUGUCAACGAUUGAUAUGUUGAUAUGCUGAUAUGAUGGAUGAUAUGUGAAUAUUUCGGCCGAGCUCAUCAUUUUUCUUGCGGGAGAUUGGGUGGAUGAAGAAGAGUCAGUCCCUUAUCUACAAGUUAGUUUAUUUCUCCUUGAUGUAACUACUCAUAUUGCCUGAUAUAGAGCUGUCAAUACUGCUAAGAGGUUAACUCUGGCUCUGGCUCUGCCUCUACCUCAAAUGAUGUCUGCUUCCAGAAGUGACACAGUGGCGAGAGGAGCAAUGUGGUGAGCUACAAAAGUUGUCUGAAAAUAACCGGAUCGAUUCUCCAAUUCCCCAACAUAUCCGGGAGAAUAUAACUAGAGUUCGACUUGAACUCACUGCACCUAACUACUGGAGCCACCAAAUCGGUCAAUCCCUAAAGGUGGGGGAAUGCAAGCUGCAAGUCUGCUCCAGGUCAACCAACAUCACCCCGCUAUAAACACACUUAUCAACGCCGAGCCAGAGAUCGGCAUUCCGCGCUAUAUUAAACUCGGGCUUAAUAGUGGCGCCGAUGGUGUUGCCGGCCUUAUUUCUCAGAAUCGAACCGGUGGACGGCGUGAGACACUGAGCACUUAGGUCAACAACACAACACUCGCCGAGGACGUCCGGGCUCGGAUCUGAUACCUACUACUACUGUGUAGUCAUGCACUCACUCCAUACAUGCGUCUAUUUGCAAGAGGCGCCGUGCAGAAUCAUAUCCCAUCCAUUCAGGCUGCCCAGCGCUCCACCCUCGAUAUCAAAUCAACCCCAUAUAACCGCUCGUUUGGUACCUCCAAAAGCCUUAUCUAGAUACCGACCUGGGCUUGCCGUUCUCCUCCGGGCCCUGGUUGAAUGGCCGAGCAACUAGCUUGAAAGUCGUUCUGUCUGCCGCAACUGGUGCUUGAGCUGCACCACGGUUGCUCCCCAGCGUACCACUCAUGGGAGAUGAUUUCUUCACAGGUGAUUGCAACGUGAUGAAUCUGAUGCGUCUAUGGCACACAGAGAAAAAGAGACUCAUGAGUGGAAGCAGAAAAAUGGCUAAACACGGAGAUACUAUUUGAAGGGAGGGAGGACAUGUCUUUUAAUUCCAAGCACAGAUCGCGCUCCUUCAAUCCCGUUUCUAACUGAAAAAAAAAGCCCAUGAGUGACGGACAUUUUGGAGAGAAGAGAGCGCUUUCCAAGCUUUAUAUUCUUGUAUUCUAUUGCCUAUAUCCUAUUUCUCCCGGAAAACAAAUCUCCUGGUGGUCACGAAGCGCUGUGCGGCUAGGAAAGUUAUGGGUUUCGGCCCGAGGCACUUUAACCUACCCCCCAAAGUGGUGUGUGCGCCGAUGAAGGCCAGAAAAGCCUUGUGAACCCAAUUGAGCCACAGCCUCAAAGGAUAUAUGGAACCCUCCACCUCAUACUUUCCUGCUGUGAUGUCGCUGUUCCCUUCCUUGGCUCUGUGGAGAGCAGACAGGCUAUUUUACAUGGUUCCCCUCACAGUUCUUAAGAAAGCUAUGUAGAGGAGAAAUCCGGUUGGAUGGAUCAAGGGUCCAGUGUUUGCGGAGAACUGCAAUCGAAGCCCUGAUUAUUACAGUUCGCCGCUACAGACUCGCCGAAGGGUAGGCAUCCUGCACCCCCAGAGCGCUCAGGCUCUCACGAACGCAGUACGACCCCAGAUCACCCUUUUUUCCAAGCGCAACUGUAUCCCCUAUCCUAUACAGCGUCCCAAGCCCUAUGUCGGACGUGGUCAUAGGUGUGAGUGGAAUGACAAGUGAGUAAACGCAAGCGAAGUCAAUCUGAGACAAGAUGAUAUGGUAUCCGAACCCGUGAGGCCGUGAGGUGCUAUUUUGGCCUUGCUUUGAAAUUUAUUCUACCAUCGUGGAACCUGUGUAGUGGGGAAAAAGGGGACCGGUCUGUGGUGAAAAAAAAAAAAAAAGCCCAACUGUCUUAUCAAGUAUUUGGUGAGUUUGAGAGAUAGAGGAAAAAGCUCUGCUGGCAUUGAAGCCUAACAGCUUCUAAGGAUUGUUUCAGCAUUGAUGCCAGGCGGCAACCUGACAGAAUGGUUCAGAACCUGCAGUAUUCUUCCGGCUCGGGUGCAUAUCAGCGCCCUUCAAUCCUGGGGGAGGGGGUAGUGGAAGCAAACAUUGACAGAAGCACGUAUCAGAAGUUCGAAGGAAGGGUGAUACCAGGGGGCGCAAUGCGACGAGCGCUUUUUGAUGCUAUGCCACACAUGGAGGGAGAGGAGGCUAGGCUAGGAGUUCAGCGUCAUAGUGGACAUGGCUGCCUCGGUGAGAGUAUUAGAAGCUACGCAUUUCAAUGUCACAAUGACCAAGGCUGGGUAGUGCAGCUUUCUCCGCUUGUCCUAUCCGGGUGAGGAUGCUUCAACACAGAGUGUAAUCGACGCUGAAGAAGCAGUGAGUGGUGUAACGGAGGCUGGUUGAACACCUGUUCCUUUAGAGUGUGAUCUGUUUCUCAGAGUACUCCAGAGGCCAUGAUAGUCUUGAUAGGAAUUAUAGUGUUCAAUAAUAGAUAUGAGACUGGAUGCUUUGAGGUAGCGCAGAUUAGCACUGGUCAUAUCUUCCUUCUCCUCUAUUCCCUGGUUGUUGUAGCGCUGAGUGCAGGCCACUUGGUUCAGCUGCCAGACAGUAUACGGGAUGAGAGAUUCUGCUCAAACUAACUUACAAUUCUGAUCUUUUACAUUAGUUACUGACAUAGUUGCAAAAUUAGGUAAUUGUAUAAUUCUUGAAAGAGAGGUGAAUUAGAAAUAUGACCUUAUGUUACUAUUAAUGAGCUUUGGUUAGUUACCUGUCAAUUAACCAGAGUAAAAACUAUGUCAACAUGUAAUAUAUUGAUUAAGAACAUUCAACAACUGAUGAUAGAUAGUUAAAUAGUGCUCAUACUCUUAGUUUGAUCUACUGCUAACUGUUAAUGUU